AAGGCCGGUUGAAGACGGGCUUGCUAAAGUGGCGGAUUAGCCCUUUCCCGCCCUUUUUAUCUCUCAGCUUUAUCGUGGAGGUGUAGCGUCCCAGUCUCCAGCAAAGGCCCCAGAAAGGCCGAAUCUGCGAAUCCGUGUUCUCCAUCCAUUCGUUUGAAAACGAUAUUUCGAAGUUCCUGUGAACAUUGCAGUUCCUGUGAUUUCCCCGCAGGAACGUGUCUGUGAUUUUUGCGAUGGACGAGGUUCCAGAGUUGAACACGUACGUGCUAGAAGCCGUGUUGAAGGUGGUUCGAUCAAUUCCCGAAUUGCACGAUGCCGAAGCCGAGUGUUCCAAUCUCACCAAAUGCCAGGAGGAGGUGACGGAUGCUUUGGUGGCUUGGCGCUCCAAGCAGUCGGAUAUUCACGCGCGCAAUUUGGAUUUACAACAGCAAGUGGCGCUUGCGGAGCGUCAACUCAUCACUGCGAAGAUGGAUGGUUCUUGCGGCGAGGCUUUGGAGCGUUUGAAAGAAGAGCUCGCGCUCUUACAAGGGAGAGAGAAACAAAUGCGAACUGAUAUCAAAGAUCUGGAUGAUUGCCUCGAAGCGAUAGAGGAGCAGCUGCUUUCCAUCAAGAUGCAAAAGGAAACUUUGGAGAAGCCCGAGGGCGAUGAGGCAUUUCUUAAGAACGAGUUAUCUCUGUUUUUGAACGUGUCAAGUAUUCUCCCGGAUUUGGCAGAACCAAAAUUUUCUGGCACGUAUGUCGACAAACAAAAAGGAGUGAAGACUUUCAAAUUCUCUUCCAAGACGAUGUCCCAGUUUGAGAUUGGCCAAGCUGCUUGGGAGCUGAUGAAAUGAUCAGCUUCGGCCAACGUAUUUUCACGGUCCAGUGAUUGGAAGUGAGAAGGACAACUCAGAACAAUUGCUGUAGAAGGUCACUUGAUUGUCCGGUGAACUUUCACCUCUUUCAGGAAGUAGACAACUUCAUCCGUCCUCGCCGUCAAGCAUACCAGGAUCUUCCUGUUCAGUGCUCUCGACUCGCUUGUUUUGUCUACACAACUUUGAAAUCAGAUUGAGGUGGCAAGCAGAAAGGAUCAGCCGGACAAUUGGGUAGUUCCUCAAUAUUCCACAAGGCAGGAGGACAAUUAGGCCUUGUAGUCGCACAAUGGUCGGAUCAGCCAAAUGAACCGGUAGUAACGAACUUUGUCAACUUCGACUCUUUCAAAAGUGCUCGGAACAUAUUUUAGAAUGUUUUUUCCCUUCGUCGUAGGUUGGCAGAAGUAUGGUAAGGCCUUUUCCAUUCAUGCUGCUUUCGGCAUUUGUACAUAGAUCUUACAUACAGAUUGUUGUUUCGACUGAGCACUGAAAGGACUAACGAUGUAUAAUAAGUACACUGCUUAUACAAUUUCCUGCACAAAUAAAGCAUCUGUUGCCGAUUGCUUGUA